UCGACAAGCUAUUUAGCAUUGUUAAUGUGAUGUUAAUAAUUUUGGCGCAGUAUAAAAGUGCAUGCGAGCGCUGGUAGCCACAACAAUUACAGUUAGCAGUCCAAUUUGGUGGUAUCGUAGCGAGCAACCGACACAAACUUAGCGAUGUCUCGACUUACGAUUUUCUUUGUCGUUGCUGUGGCGUGUGAAGUUAUCGCAGAUGGAAAAGUAGCAGAUUCUCGGGCGCAGCAGUCGGGCUACGCCCCUGUGAUUGCUAGCGGCUACGGAGGACUCGGUGGUGUGGGACUGUCGGGAGCAGGUCUAGCGGGCGCUGGUCUGGCCGGAGCCGCGCUGGCGGCUGGCGGCUUCGCUGGAGGAGCGGGCAUCGGCUCCGGCGCCGCGCUCAACAACGCCGCCGCCGUCGGCGCCGCGCAGCUCAGCGCCAUCCAGAACGCGCAGGCCGUGCAGGCCGCACAGAUCGCCAACUCCGCCGCCGCCGCCAUCCAGGGAGCGCGCGCCACUGAGGCCGCCGCCCGCGCCGGCUCCGCCUACGCCGCCAACAACGCCGCCGCUCUCGAGGCCGCGCGUGUUGCCAACAUCCAGCGCGCUCAGGCCGCCGCCUGGGAAAAUGCACGCGCCGCUGAGGCCGCGAGACGCGCCGGUGCCGCCAGCGCCCUGGAAGCAGCGCGCGCUGCUGAAGCCGCCCGCUUAGCUAACGCUGCCCGUGUGCAGGCCAUUGCUAUCGCUAACACCCGCGCCGUUGAAGCCACCCGUAUUGCUAACGCAGCGCGCGCCCAGGCUGCUGCCGUCGCCUCCAGCGCUGCUCAGGCCCAAGCGGUUGCUGACACUGUAGCAAGGAACGCUCAAGACGGAGCCCUUCUGCUCGGCGGCGGUGGUGCGAUCGCUGGACCCGCGGUGGCAAUCGGAGGACUCGGCGGCUACGGAGCUGGUCUCGCUGGUCUCGGUGCCGGCUACGGCGGUCUUGGCUACGGCGGACUCGGCUACGGCGCGGGCAAGCUGAUCCACUAA